AUUGUAACAAACUCAAAAAACACUCUUUAUAAAUUCACAAGAUAAUAUAUUGCAGAGACAAGAGCCGUUACUACUGAUAUGUACAUUAAAAUCUCCGAUUAAUGGAGCAAGAGCUUCCAAGCAGUAGCGUCCCCGACGACGCCACCGCCGCUACCACGAGCUCCGUUGACAAGCCCGCCACUCCUCACGCCGGAGGCACCCGCCACCCGCUCUUCCGCGGCGUCCGCAAGCGCCGCUGGGGCAAAUGGGUCUCCGAAAUCCGGGAGCCGAGGAAAAAGUCACGCAUAUGGCUCGGCUCCUUCCCGGCGCCGGAGAUGGCGGCGAAGGCCUACGACGUUGCCGCCUACUGCCUCAAGGGCUGCAAGGCGCAGCUCAACUUCCCCGACGAGGUCCACCGGCUUCCGCCGCUCCCCUCCUCCUGCACCGCCCGGGACAUCCAGGCCGCCGCAGCCAAGGCCGCCCACAUGAUGAUGGUCCAGGCUGCCUCCGCCGACUCGCCGGAGAAAAGCAGCAGCAUUACCUCCGACUGCGACGGCAGCGGUGGUGACGACUUCUGGGGCGAAAUUGAGCUGCCAGAACUGCUCAACGGCAAGUGGUGGGCCUCCGACCGCCACGUAACGCCGUGGCCGGAGACUGAGCUUCCGCCCCAGCUGCCCUUCACCACGGCGUGCUUGUAGUAGUUUGUAAUAAUCAAUAAUGCUCUUCCCAUGCUCUCAUGACUUGGUUGGUAUAUUAGUUACAUAUAUUAUUGCUCAUAUAAUUAAGUAACUCUCUUUGUGUUCUCUUCACAAUAAUUAAUAAUUUUAAUUGUGAUGAUCAAUGUUAGUUCUGUUAAUGAUAACACUUUCACUAA